AAAUUGAAAGGGGAGAUUCAAAUAUUGUGGAAUGCGCAGAGUUGGGAACAUCAGAAAGAAAGGCUGUAUUGAAAAACCAGAAAACAGAUGCUGAAUCGCAACUAGACGAAAUAUUUUUGAAAGACUUUAAACGUGAGAUAAAGUUGCUUAAAGUUUUGCAUCAUCCAAGCCUUAAUAAAUUUUACGAUCCAACAAGGCAAACAUAUAUGCUUGUAUCGCAAUAUGCAAAUGAAAGAAAUCUUUGUGAAUAUUUAACGAUUCAUAGGGAUUCACUUAAAUGGGAGGAUAAACGACAAAUAUCUUUAGACAUUGCGAGAGGGAUAUGCUACUUACAUUCAAAAAACAUUAUCCAUGGAAACCUGCAUUUUAAUAACAUUUUAGUGCACAAUAGCAGAAUGAUGAUAGCAGAUUUCGAUCUUUCAAAAUUUUUAGAUAAAAGCAUGAUGUCAAAUAAUUCGUUUGUUAAAGGAAUAUCGGGAUAUUUUGAUCCCCGGUGUGUUCCUACACUUGGAUCUAAAAGAAACAAAAAAUCCGACAUCCUUAGCUAUGGAGUCGUUUUAUGGGAGAUUUCGCAUUUUCAACAUCCAAUUUCACCACUUAAUCUGAUUGAAGGAAAUCAUAAAAAACUCAUCGAAUUGCAUGAAAUAUGCCAGAAUAUAACUCCAGAUGAAAGACCGAAUAUAGAAGACAUAAUUUCUAUUUUGGCAGACUCUUACAUUUUAAAAGACUACAGUGACAAUAACAAAAAAUCAUUAAGCCAAUGUUAUUAUAGUACUUAUUCCUAUCCAAGAGAUUUAAUAUUAACAACGCAGGAAAGCUAUACAGCAUUAGACACUAGACAAGAGGACAUACAAUUUAGAAAAAGUAUAUCUGCAGCAACGGCUCUUCAAAACUUGCGAAUAGUAUUUGAUGGUAUUACCGUUUUGGGGCAAAUAAAUCGUAUUGAGGGAUUUUGA